AUGAAGUACGUGCUAGUGUCAGGUGGUGUUAUCAGCGGCGUGGGGAAGGGCAUUAUUGCCUCCUCCACCGGUCUGCUGCUCAAGACGAUUGGCCUCAAGGUGUCCUCGAUCAAGAUCGAUCCCUACCUCAAUGUUGACGCCGGAACUAUGAACCCCAAGGAGCACGGCGAAGUCUUCGUCCUUUCCGACGGCGGUGAAGUCGAUCUCGACCUUGGCAACUACGAGCGCUACCUCAACAUCACCCUCACCCGCGACAACAACAUCACUACCGGCAAGAUCUACCAGCACGUCAUCGAGCGUGAGCGCAAGGGCGACUACCUGGGCAAGACGGUGCAGGUUGUCCCGCACAUCACCGACGCCAUCCAGGAAUGGGUUCAGAAGGUUGCGCGCAUACCGGUCGACGACACGGGCGAGGAGCCGGAUGUGUGCAUCAUUGAGCUCGGUGGCACAGUCGGUGACAUGGAGAGCAUGCCCUUCGUCGAGGCCAUGGCUCAGCUUAGAAGGCGAGCGGGCAGGGACAACUUCAUGCAGAUCCACGUCUCAUACGUGCCCAUCAUCCACGGAGAGCAGAAGACGAAGCCCACACAGCACGCCAUCAAGACCGUACGGAGCAACGGCAUGAUUCCGGAUCUGAUUGCCUGCCGCUGCGAGCGCGAACUCGAGCCCUCGGUCAUCGAGAAGCUGGCCAACUUCUGCCAGGUCGAGCACGAGCAAGUCGUGGUCGUCAAGGAUAUGCCUUCCAUCUACCAGGUUCCCAUGCUCCUCGAGCAGCAGAAGCUGAUUCCCCUCGUCCGCCAGUUCCUCGCUCUCGACAGGAUCACCAUCCCACAGGCCAUGACGCAAAAGGGUCACAAGACCUGGGCACAAUGGCAGCACCUCACAGGGAACGACACCCGCUACCACGACCCGGUCACAAUUGCCCUGGUCGGCAAGUACGUCGAGCUGCAAGACUCGUACCUCUCCGUCGUCAAGUCCCUCGAACACGCAACCAUGCGCUGCCGCCGCAAACUCGACAUUCGCUGGGUUGACAGCGACCACCUCGAGCCGAAAAUGCAGCACAGCGAUCCUGCAAAGUUCCACAGCGCAUGGCACGAGAUUGUAAAGGCAUCCGGCAUUCUCGUCCCUGGCGGCUUCGGUUCGCGCGCGACAGAAGGCAUGAUUGCGGCCGCAACCUGGGCGCGUGAGAACAAGAAGCCGUACCUCGGCGUGUGCUUGGGCAUGCAGAUCGCCGUCAUCGAGUACGCGCGCAACGUCUGCGGUAUCAAGGACGCCACGUCUGAGGAGUUCAACGGCGAUGCGGCGAACAAACUCAUCAUGUUCAUGCCCGAGGUGGACAAGACGACCAUGGGCGCUUCCAUGCGUCUUGGUCUCCGACCUACGCUCUUCCAGCCCGGCAGCGAGUGGAGUAAGCUCCGCGCCCUGUACGCUGGGAGCGAUCAGAUCCUCGAGCGUCACAGGCACAGGUACGAGGUCAACCCCAGCUACAUCGACCAGCUUCAGCAAGGCGGUCUACACUUUGUGGGCAAGGAUGAAGAGGGCGUGCGCAUGGAGGUUGUGGAGAUCAAGGACCACCCGUGGUUCGUUGGUGUCCAGUUCCACCCCGAGUACCUCUCGAGGGUCUUGGAUCCCAGUCGGCCUUACCUGGGCUUCAUCGCUGCGUCCGCGGGUAUGCUGGAUGAGAUCACCAAGGACUACCAGAGCGGUGCAGCAAACGGGUCGACCGCCGAGGGCAUCGCCAACGGUGUUGCCGGCGUGAAGCUCAACGGCGAGUUCUAG